GCCUGGGGAAAGGGGCUCGGUGGAAAAAAGAUACAAAUAUCGAGUAUAACUGCACCGCGCCUUAUAUACAGAUAGCAGGACACUGUCUGUUUUUCGAAUCCCUGACCAAGGGAACCUGGGGAAACAUGCAGACGAUCUGCCAGCUGCUUGGAGGAGACCUUGCGAAGCUGGACAAUUCAGACGUUAUUGGAGACGUUAUUCUUUAUAUCAAAGAACACGUUAUGCCCGAAUCGUCGUACUGGAUCGGAGCGAGUGACGAAGCCAAGGAAGGCGAGUGGCUGUGGCCGGACGGGAGUCAAGUACGGAUGGGUGUUCCCUUGUGGUAUCACUGUGGCUCUACCAUCGAGCCAAACGGCGGAGUGAAGCAGAAUUGUGCAGCGAUAUCUAGCAGCCGUUUUUACUUUAUCACCGACGAAGAUUGUUCCGGAGAAUACUAUGGAAUAUGCGAAUAUUACUGGACGUGAAGAGAUGAACCACAGACGUAACAAGUCUUUUGUUUUUGAUACUUGAUUCCUGGUUUCAAGAUUAAAAGAUAAGCAGAGGAAAAAGAGUGUUGAUAUUUGUUCUAGAUGUAUGUUGCCUUGUUAUAUUAUUUCUUUUACUCUUUUACUCUUUCACUGUGUUAUAUGAAGGAGAUUGUGAUAAGAAAUAAUAAUAUAUGACAAUUGAAACUAGUUGCAAAUAAAGAGCUAAUUCAC